UGGCUGGCUGCCCCAUUUGCCCAACCUAAGCCACCAUGACCAUCUUCUUCUCUCUUUAUCACCUCAAGUCAAACCCAUCUUCUUUUCCUCUCUCGCUCGCCCCUCCACCUCCAAUCUCACCUUCUUCCUCUUCGCUCACACUCUCGCCAAUCUCCUCCCUCCUCGUCAAUGUCCCUCUUUCCCCUCUUCUUCUUCUCUGUUUUCCUCGCUUUCCCCCUUUCUUCCCUCUCCGCUAACGACACCGGUCUCAAUGCCCCGUGCCCUCUCAACUUCACCGUCCUCAACGCUGUCGCCGGCGGUGACCGGCCCUCUGUCGACUCCGGCACUGUCUGCGAGUUCUCCCGCUCCGCCAUCCGUCUCGUUCAAUCCGAUUACCUCCGUCGCACCGGCUCCUUCCUUCCGCCUCUCAACUCUUCCGAGACUUGCUGGGAUGAUUUCCAGAAGUUCAUCAAUCAAUACCUUCCCAACCUAGACGUUCGCUCCGCUUGUGGCUUCCAGACAACCUGGAUCUCCCAGGGCUGUCAGAACAUCACCACUAAAGAUGAAUUCAUCUCCCAGAUUCCCGACUCGGUUAUUCAGGAUGUCCGGCAGAAAUGCAAUCAGUCGCUCGAGAAUAACUCCCCCUGCGCCCUCUGCACCACGAGCUUAUCGGGCAUGCAACCCUUCGUGAAAGGAACCUCGGUUGGGAACGUCUCCGAUUGUACGGCCUAUCCCCCAAUUUACGCCGCCGCCUAUGUCAACCAGGCUGGACCCGCCGACAGAGGCACUGCCCAGUGCGUGUUCCUUCUGAGUUUCAACUCGCCAGGUUCCAACGGUAAUAAACGAACGAUUAUUAUUGUGGCGGUCGUGAUUGUUUGUGUGUUGGCUUUGUUUCUGGUGGUUGCGGGGCUUUGGCUUCACCGGAGAUCCAAGGGGAAGGGCAUGAAGGGUAUUAGUAAAACUGAGAUGGCGGUCGUGUCGGGGUUGGAUUCUAUAAAGGAGAGCACCACUUUGAUUAGGUUUACAUUUGAUGACAUCAAGAAGGCAACCAGGAACUUCUCUAGGGAUAGCAUAAUAGGGAGAGGAGGAUAUGGAAAUGUGUAUAAAGGGUUGCUCCUGGACGGAACCGAAGUUGCAUUGAAAAGGUUCAAGAAUUGUUCUGCUUCAGGAGAUGCAAGUUUCACCCAUGAAGUUGAGGUUAUUGCAAGCGUCAGGCAUGUAAAUUUAGUUGCUCUGAGAGGUUAUUGUACAGCCACAACUAAUUUAGAGGGUCACCAGAGGAUUAUCGUUUGUGAUUUGGUGAAGAAUGGGAGUCUUCAUGAUCAUUUAUUUGGUUCUACAGGAAAGAAACUCAGCUGGCCAGUCCGUCAACAGAUUGCACUGGGCACUGCAAGGGGGCUGGCUUAUCUGCACUACGGAGCUCAACCUUCCAUUAUCCAUAGGGAUAUUAAAGCCAGUAAUAUCCUUCUGGAUGAGAAGUUUGAAGCUAAAGUAGCAGACUUCGGACUUGCAAAGUUCAACCCUGAGGGAAUGACGCAUAUGAGCACGCGUGUAGCUGGAACAAUGGGGUAUGUAGCACCAGAGUAUGCAUUGUAUGGACAAUUGACAGAGAGAAGUGAUGUCUUCAGUUAUGGUGUUGUGCUUCUUGAGCUUUUGAGCGGGAAGAAGGCUCUUCAGAUGAACGAGGAUGGCCAGCCCUCAUCUUUGAGUGACUUGGCCUGGUCAUUGGUCAGGGCAGGUAGAACUUUGGAUGUUAUUGAAGAUGGUAUGCCAGAACCGGGUUCGCCAGAAGUGCUUGAGAAGUAUGUGUUAAUAGCCGUGCUUUGCUCUCACCCUCAGCUAUAUGCCAGGCCAACCAUGGAUCAGGUGGUGAAGAUGUUGGAGACUGAGCAAUCAGUACCCUCCAUACCAGAACGACCAAUUCCACUCGUUUCUGGAAGGCUUGAUAUUGAGAGAUCUGCUGGUAGCUUUGGCUCUGGUCAGCUCUCUAGUCCGACAGGUUAUCGAACAUUUGCAUUUGAAAGUGAAUGCCACUCUUCUAAUUCAAAGGAGGAAGAAGGAAGUUCGGACUCUAGAAUACUGAGUACAUAGUAUUUGAGUUGUUGGAUCGUUUUCCACUACUUAGUAUAGGCAUGACUUGUUUGUAGAUUUAGAUUUUAGAUUGCGAGUUUUCUGGGAAGCAUUUUCUGUUGUAAAGGCAAAAGGAAUGUAUUUAAAUUGAUUCUUUUGGAGUAUAGUGAUCAGUGCCUUGCUGCCUGUAGUCUGCAGAGCAUAAUUAA